CCAGAAGAAUCUCAGUUGCAGAAAGGAGAUCAAUCACAAUCACAAGAUGGAGAGCAAGAUCAUCAAAGAGAAGGAGGAAACCAACAAGAAGGAGAAGGAGAGAAGGAGUCACAGGAACAACCAGAACUAUUGGAACUACAACAGCAAAAGGGAGGACAAGAUGAAGCUGAUCCUGUGCAUGUAGAAACUGUGGAAGAGAAGGAGCAAGUUGAUGAGAAUAAUGUGCUUGUUGGUACUUCACUUGUUGCUUGUAAGAGUGAAGCUGAAGUAGUCAAUAAACCAAAUACUGAGACUAAAGGUGAAGUACAGCCCACUGGUGUAAAGGAGGCUACAAAUUAUGCUGGUCUGGUUUAUUAUGAGGAAGAUGGUGUACAAGAUCUAGUGACAUUCACUGCCGUUAAAAAAUUAGAUGCUCUCCUUGAAUUCAUUAAAAAAGAACAUCCACAUGCAAAACGAAGACCUCAUUUUUACUUUCGUAUUGCAUCUCCUGAUGGUUUUGUUGAAUUAAAUUUAAAUGCUCCACAAGAUGAGCCAUUUACUGGAUGGAGUAUUAAACCUCACAUAAAACCUUGCAAGUUAUAUCAAGAGGACAUUUACAAUUUUGGUGACAAAGAUUAUUCUCUUCCUCCAUCUUGUCUCAUAUCGGUCUAUUCAUCACCUGAUGCUGUUCCUAUAUUAUACUACUCUGUACCAGUAGAGGGUGUGGCUGAUCCUGUUACAUUUUAUAUUCAGAUGUCACAAAGAACAGCUCAUCAUACUGCAGUUGCUGCUAAUGCAGCCAGUGGCAAUGAUGAAACUAUUCCAGUACUAACUAAAAGAAGAAGAGAAGGAGGUUUUGAUAUUAAAACAGCUAAACAAAAGAUCAAGCAAGUGAUGAUUGAGAAUCACACUGAUUUUGCUGAACUCCUCCAGUUUUCUCUGGACAAUAUUGCUAACAAACUGUUUGAGGUUCAUAUGAUUCCUCCUGAGGUUCAACAGUCACCAACUUAUGAUGCCAUAGCUACUUGUUUUGUAUCUAUGAUGAAUAUAUUGGACUCUAAGUCUGACCUAGAGGGACAUUGUGUGACAUUUUUAGAGGCUCUGUCUAGUGUAGGGGGACCAACAGAACGUGUCGCUAAACGAUUGCGGGAAAAAUGGACAGCAGCUUUAGAGGGUGCACUUCGGUUUGAACAUGAAAGCAGUUAGAAUAAUUAUGAUGGUGGAACUUGGAAGUUGGAAGGGGAGUGACAUUGUCAAGUUGAGUUUCUGAGAGAAAAGAGAUGGCAUC